AUGUUUUCACCUCAUUCUAACUCAACUUGGUUAUAUUUACGUUUUAUGAUUAAUCAUAAUUUGCUUUAUGCAAAUAAAUUUCUACCAAAUACAGCUAAUCGAUAUCAAUAUAUUGCCGGAUAUAGCUCAAAUGACGGUAUUGACUAUAUUGAUGGUUUUUAUUGGCAUGCAACUUCACCGACAAUGAUACAAUGUUCAUUUAGUGAUAUUAUUUAUUUAAAUCCUGGUUUACAUGUCAUUGAUGUAGCUGUUAGAGGUGGGCUUGAUGAUGUUCAUGGUGCUUUUCCAACCUAUGUUCAUUAUGGAGCUUUAACAAUUGAAUUAGUUGAAUAUGAUUUGAACGCAGAUAUUGGUAUAAAACCGAUCAAUGCUAAUUUAAUACCGGAUUCUAUCAGAUAA